AUGAUUGUGUUUAACUUAUUUUUAGUUUUAUCUGUGGCCAUAUCUCCUGCCGUGAGCUCGGUGGCUAGAGACAGGAUCAACUCAUGCAGUUUGGACGAGUUCUCCUGUUCGGAUGGGACAUGCAUCAACAGUGAUUCAGCGUGCGACGGCGUUGUAAACUGCCCUGGUGGAGAGGAUGAACAAAAAUGUUUGUUUGGGUCACCCGUUUUGUCGGAUGAUCUAGUUCUACAUAGAUCUAGAAGGCAGGCUAGUGGUUGCCGUAAGGAUCAAUGGAGAUGCAGAGAUGGAUCUUGCAUCUCAUUCGAUGGGAUGUGUGAUGGGGUGGUGGACUGUCAAGAUGGCAGCGAUGAGACUCACGCCCUCUGCCGAAAAACUAAAUGCCAACCGAAUUGGUUCCGAUGUACGUAUGGUGCGUGCGUGGAUGGUACAGCUCCGUGCAACAAACAGGUGGAUUGCGCUGACCAGUCUGAUGAACUCUUGCCAAGGUGCAGGAAUGAAACUGAUGAGACGAGAGGUCAAUUUCGCUGUCUAAGUGGCCAGACCAUUCCAUCAUCAAGCCACUGCGAUGGCAUAUCGGAUUGUCCGGAUGGAUCAGAUGAGACAAUUCGCGCAUGCGCGGCAAAGACGUGCCCUUCGUACUUGUUUCAAUGCGCAUACGGCGCUUGUGUCGAUCAGGGAGCUGAUUGUAAUGGGAUAAGAGAUUGCGCUGAUGGAUCUGAUGAAGCCGAUGAGCUAUGCAACAAACAACUGCCAAGCAACCCAUCUGUGACUACCAGGCCAAUUCUGUCGGGUAAAUGCGUACUGCCACCAUAUCCAGACCAUGGCACUUAUGUGGUCUCCAACGCUCCAUAUGCUACUCCUGGACAAGGGUUUCAAGCUCUCCAGCUCAAUGUUACUUGUCGACCUGGCUAUGGUGUGCUGGGAACUGAUAUAGUCUUCUGCCAGGAUGGUACAUGGUCUAAUGAUAUCCCCAAAUGUGUUCGUUUCUGCAAACUGGACCCACAUCCAUCAGUGCACUAUCACUGCUUAGUCUCAGGCAGCAUCGAAGGUCAACGAAAGUGCAAUACCUACGAACCAACGGGAACAGUGAUCAGACCAGAAUGCAACAGCCCAAACUACUAUUCAUCAGGAAUCCUACCAUUCAUGAGAUGCAUCGACGGCAGCUGGGACUACGUAGCUGUUUGCACGCCAGAAUGUGGCCGAGUGACUCCUGAGGGAGUGGACCUCAUCAUCGAUGGGAGAAUAGCGAAGCGUGGAGAACUGCCAUGGCAUGUCGGCAUAUACAGAAAAACAACGACGCCAUACAUGCAGAUUUGUGGAGGAUCUCUUGUCACGAACAAAGUCGCUAUUUCUGCUGCACAUUGCUUCUGGGACGAUAUUAGCAAAUUACAACCAGCUAGUUUGUACGCGGUUGCUAUUGGGAAGAUUUAUCGUCCGUGGUCUAAUCCAAAAGAUACGGACGCUCAGAGAUCUGAUGUUAAAGAAAUCAAAAUACCGGUUCGAUUCCAAGGCAGUGCAGCGAAUUUUCAAGAUGACAUAGCUAUACUCAUUCUGGAAACGGCUUUCGUCUACCAGACGUAUGUGAGGCCUGUGUGUUUGGACUUCGACGUCAACUUCGACAGAAGACAACUGCAGCCGGGCAGACUUGGCAAGGUAGCCGGUUGGGGUCUGACCUCAGAAAAUGGACAGGCCUCGCAGAUCCUGAAGGUUGUGGAGCUGCCGUACGUGGAUGUAGAACAGUGCAUCCGUUUAUCACCUCCUGGCUUCACGGAGUACAUCACCAGCGAUAAAAUUUGCGCAGGUUUUGGAAAUGGUACGGCUUUAUGCAAAGGCGACAGUGGGGGUGGACUUGCAUUCCCAGAGUCAGAUCGAGGUAUCGAUCGUUUUUACCUCCGAGGAAUCGUAUCAACUGCAGCUAAUAACGAGAACCUAUGCAAUAGUUACACAUUAACUUCAUUCACGCAAAUCAUUAAACAUGAACAUUUUAUUAAAGAAUAUCUUUAA